AUGUUGAAACCAACAUCUGGUAAUGUAACUAUUCAAGGAAUGGAUAAUCAAAUACACAUUGAAGAAGUUCGACAUUUUCUCGGUUUUUGUCCACAAUAUGACAUUCUUUACGAUGAAUUAUCUGUUGAAGAACAUUUAGAAUUAAUUGCUAAAAUGCGUCAUAUGGAUAAACAAUUAAUGAAAGAAUCGAUUGAAAGAAUUCUUAAUUUAAUUGGAUUAACUAAUGAUCGAAGUACUUUAUCAAAAGAUUUAUCAGGUGGAAUGAAACGUCGAUUAUCAAUUGGAAUAUCUUUAAUUAAUGAUCCAAAAGUUAUUAUUCUUGAUGAACCGACUAGUGGCAUUGAUCCUUAUAAUCGUCGUCUUAUUUGGGCUAUUAUACGAAAAUUAAAAUUAACAGGAAAAUGUGUAUUAUUAACAACACAUUUUCUUGAAGAAGCUGAUGUUUUAUCUGAUCGUAUUGCUAUUAUGAGUCGAGGUCGAUUACAAGCUAAUGGUACACCAGAUUUUCUUAAACAACAAACAGAAUUUGAAUAUCGAUUAUUAAUGGAUAAACAAGAACAAUGUUCUACUGAUCGUAUAACACAAUUUAUACAAGAAUAUGUUGGUAAUGUUGUAUUAGAACGUGAAUCAGCUGCUGAACUUGUUUAUGGUAUAAAACGUGAUGAAUCAAAACAAAUUGAAAGAUUAAUUAAUGCACUUGAUGAAAAUAAACAAACAAUUGGAAUUAAUUCGUAUGGUUUAUCAAUGACAACUAUUGAAGAUGUUUUUCUUCGAUUAGUUCAAGAAGAAGAUGAAAAUGAUCAAACUCAAGAAAAUACAAAACGUCAAUUAGAUGAUCAAGUUUUUCGUAAACAAUAUGAACGUGUUUAUGGUUUUCAUUUAUUUUGGACUCGUGUAUGGGCAUUAUUAAUUAAACGAUGGCAUGUUUCUCGUCGACAAAUCAGUUUAUUUUUAGGUUUUUUUCUACUUUCAAUAAUAGCUGAAAUACUUUUUAUUUCUGCUGUACCAACACCAAAAGAAAUUCAAACAUCACUUUCAAAUAAUCCACGUGUUACUGAUGCUCAAGUAACAUUAAUUCCAUCGAUUUAUAAUGCACAAACAAUAGUUGCAUAUGCAAACAGUAAUGGAAAUGAUGUUCAAACACGUCUUUUAAAUUAUUUAACAAGUACAGGUGCUACUAUUGAUAAUAUCUCUGAUGACAAUGUACUUAAUUAUGUUAGAGACAGAUAUUAUGAAUCUGCUGACGUUUUUGUAAAUAAAUAUCAAUUAAGUUUUGCAGCAUAUUAUAAUGCAACAUCAGUAUCACCAUCAUUAAGAAUGAAUGCUUAUUUUUCAACAGUUAAUUUUCAUACCAUGCCAACAAGUUUAGGUGUUGCAGCAACAAAUCUCUAUCAAUUUUAUGCUAAUUCAACAUCAAAAAGUAUUGUGACAACUAAUCAACCAAUCAUAACAAAUCCAAAAUCUGGAUCUUAUCUUGCUGAAAUUAUAGCUGUUCUUUAUUGUUUUGAAGUAUUUCCAAUAUCAUUAUUUAGUUUUUUGAAUAGUGUUAUGGCAACAAUAUUUAUUGCUAUUCUUUUAUUAACAUUAAUAACAGAACGUAUAAGUCAUUCGAAAGAUCUUCAAUUAUUAACUAAUUUAACAAAACGAAUAUAUUGGUUUUCAAAUUGGAUUUUUGAUUUUUCGUUAUGUUUAAUUCUUAUAUCACUUUUAACUAUUAUUGUUAAAAUUGGUGGUGUAGCGAAUCCAAAAAGUGAUGCUGAAGUUCAUGUUUAUCAAAAUUCAUCAGCAGCAGGCUAUUUUUUUCUAAUGUAUUUCAUGUAUACAUUAGCAUCAUUACCAUUCAUCUAUGUAUUUUCAUUUAUUCCAAAUUCAUCAAUUAUGGGUUUUACAAAUUUUUUUAUUAUAAAUGUUAUUAUGUGUGUUAUCGAUGCAGUCGCUAAUUCUGUUCCUGUCUUUAUUAAAAAUGAUACGCCAUCAGCAGGUCCUACCGGAGUCUAUUCAGUCGUAACUGUUAUUCGUUCAAUUUUUGCUGUUUUACUUCCAACAGUCAAUUUAAAACAGGCUCUUUCUAAUAUUCAAUUACAUGAAAAUACUGGAUGUAUAUCUAUAUACAAUUCAUUGAUAGGUACUAAAUUAUCUACAACUGAUUCAUUGAUGUCAAGUAAUAGGCCUGGUGUCGGUGCACAAUUUAUUAUAUUUUUUGUGCAAAUUAUAUUUUGGUGGGUAAUUUUAAUUGUGAUUGAAAAUCGUCUUAGAAUUCGACAACGUUGCCAAGGAUGUUGUUGUUGUUGUGAAAAUGAUUCAUUAGAUUCAGCGUUAACCGAUGAAUGGGACGAUUCGCUAUUAGACGAAGAUGUACGACAAGAACGUCAAACAAUUUUACAAGACAAUGAAACGAAGACAUCAUCUGUGAUUGUUGUUGAAGAUCUUGUCAAACAAUUUAAAAAAAGAAAAUCAAAAUCUAAUGAAAAACAAAAUUAUCUGGCAGUUAAUCAUUUAAAUUUUCAUGUACAAAAACGAGCAUGUUUUGGUCUAUUGGCGAAUGGAGCAGGAAAAACUACAACAUUUCGUGUGUUAGUAAAUGAUAUUAAGUCAACAUCAGGCAAAAUAAUUAUCAAUGGAAAAAAUAUCAAUGAAAUGAAACGUGAUUUAGAAAUUGGUUUCUGUCCUCAAUUUGAUUGGCUCAUACACGAUCUUACUGUUUCAGAAACAUUGACUUUAUUUGCCAGGUUAAAAGGUGUGGAAGCAUCGGAAAUACCAGAAAUGUGUAGCAAUAUGAUAGAUAUCUUUGGUCUUGGAACAUACGAAAAUCGACAAAUACAAAAAUUAAGUGGUGGUAAUAAACGAAAGGUUAGUGCAGCUUUAGCGUUCAUGGCCAAUCCAGCAUUAGUAUUCUUGGAUGAACCAACAACAGGUUUGGAUGCAGCUGCUAAACGAAAAUUAUGGAAAGUCAUUCGAGCUGCUCGUGAUGUUGGUUUGACAAUUAUUAUGACAAGUCACAGUAUGGAAGAAUGUGAAGCUCUAUGUACUAAAAUUGGUAUUAUGAAAAUGGGUCAAUUUAUGUGCCUUGGAAAUUUACAACAUUUAAGACAUCGUUUUGGUAAUGGUUAUGCUGUCAAAGUAAAAGUAGCCGGUGAUAAUGUAGAUAAUGUUAAAGCUGAAUUAGUGUCAGAUUUACCAGGAAUUGAAAUACAAGACCAACAUAAUGAAGUACUAUUUUGUAAUGUACCAUUUUCAUAUUCAUCAUCAGAUGAAGGAAAUCCAACCAAAGUUCCUUAUAAUUUGGCACGUGUAUUUGAAAUAUUGAAUAGAAGAAAAGAACAAAACUUAAUUGAAUCAUAUUCAGUAACACAAACAACACUUGAACAAAUAUUUGUUCAACUUGCUGGUGAAGAUGAAGAGACGUUAUCUGAUCGUAGAGAAAAGAAUCAACAAAGUAAGAAACUACGUCGUUUAUUUUGUUAUAACAAUAAUCUUAAAUUUUGUUUUUUUUAA